AGGGUUAUGUUUAUUUAUUACAGUCAAAUUUUGUCAACACGAAAUUAAUACUAAUAAUUAGAAGUUUAUUUCCUUGAUAAAGAAUUAUUAUGGCAGACAGUGAUGAGGAUAACAAUGAUUCUUUGAAUCUUACAGGUUUUUUAUUUGGUAAUAUUGAUGAAAGUGGACAACUUGAAAGUGAUAUUCUAGAUUCAGAAUCACAAAAAUACCUUUCUUCACUUGGAAAGCUUGGAUUGGGUUCUUUCUUGGAAGAAGUAUUCAAUGAAAAUGACCCAUCAGAACAAGAAAAUUCAUUUGAAAAUGAAACAAGUAAUGAUUAUGAUGAAGAAGAAUGUAAAUCUCCAUCUGCCAUAGACUUUUCAGACAUCAAUGAAUUAGCAGAAGAGAAUGAGAUUGAAGGUAAUUUAGAUGUAAAAAAGGAAUCUAAUGAUGAAUUCCUUAUGCCGCCUCCUCCAGCUCCAAACGAAUCAAAUACAUCAGAUUCUUCUGAAGCAGAUAAAAAAAAGCUUGAGACGCCUCUUGCUGCUAUGAUGCCAUCGAAAUAUAUCGAUGUUGAUGUUAGAGAACUUUUUCCUGAUUUCAGGCAUGGGAAGGUACUGAGAUUCUCCAGAUUAUUUGGACCCGGUAAACCAAGUAGUUUACCUAAUUUAUGGAAAAAUGUUAGAAAAAAACGCUUGAAAAGAAGGAAUAGGGAAUUGAACCAACAGCAGAAUGAUUCAGAUUCCAACUCCGACGAGGAGAAGCCGAACAAAAGGGGCUGGUUUAUUGAAUAUGGACCUGAACCUGCACCAGAACAGUGUAAAAGUGACGAUGAAGAGAAAUUCCUAAAACCAGUUGAGCAAAAUAAGGUUGACGAAAAGCAAGAAACCCAAGCGAAAGAUGACACGGGUCCUAAAGCAGCCGACUGGAGAUUCGGACCGGCUCAGAUGUGGUACGACAUGCUAGAAGUUCCAGAAAAUGCGGAAAAUUUCGAUUACGGUUUCAAAGUGCAUAAUAAGCCGGUGCAACAGCAGAAGGAGCAGGAUACGCAGCCGGAAGAGCCCAAAGAAGGCGACGAUUUCCCCGACGAUGCAUUUCUCAUGGUCACGCAGCUCCAUUGGGAAGACGACGUCGUGUGGGACGGAAACGACAUAAAGCACAAAGUGCUCCAGAAGCUCAAUUCCAAGACGAACGCGGCCGGCUGGGUGCCCAGUAGCGGCAACAGGACCGCGCAGGCGUUCAGCCAGCCCGGCAAGGCGAUGAGCGGCACCACGGUGCGCAUGCCCCCUGCCGCCCUGCCCGUCAUGAAACCGAAAACGCCAAUAGGUCUCAUGAACAAACCGAAGGACGAUGUGGAUGACACUUGGUACUCGAUCUUCCCCGUCGAAAACGAGGAUCUCGUUUACGGAAGAUGGGAGGACGACGUUAUUUGGGACGCUGAAAAUAUGUCCUCUGUACCGAAACCGUCGAUAUUGACCUUGGACCCCAACGAUGAGAACAUCAUAUUGGGUAUUCCUGAUGAUAUAGAUCCUUCGAAACAGGUAGCAGGUCAAGCUACUCCGGUUAAGGUUAAGAUUCCUCAUCCGCAUGUUAAAAAAUCCAAGAUCCUUCUCGGUAAGGCGGGCGUGAUCAACGUGCUGCAGGAAGAUACGCCGCCACCGCCCCCGAAGUCGCCAGAUCGAGAUCCCUUCAAUAUCUCCAACGAUGUGUAUUACAUGCCACGGUCAUCGGAAACUACGCUACGGAUGAAGGUCGGAAGCGCUAAUUUGAUACAGCAUUCGACUCCAGUGGUCGAGCUUAGGGCUCCUUUCAUUCAAACCCAUAUGGGCGAGAUAAGACUGAGGAAUUUCCACCGGCCGCCGAUGAAGAAAUUCUCACAAGGACCCCUCUGCAGACCCGGUCCUCAUCCGGUGUCUCCGCUGGUGGACCAUAUCCAGAAGAUGGCUAGGCAAAGGGAAUCGGAAAGAAUGGCAUCUGGUGGAGGUGACGUAUUCUUCAUGAGGACACCCGAAGAUUUAUCAGGGAAGGACGGUGAUCUCAUAUUGAUUGAAUUCUGCGAAGAACAUCCACCACUGAUGAACCAGGUUGGAAUGUGUUCGAAAAUCAAAAAUUACUACAAGAGAACGGCUGGAAAGGAUAAUGGUCCCACGAAUUAUAAAUAUGGAGAGAUGGCCUACGCCCAUACAUCCCCUUUCUUGGGGAUAUUGCAUCCUGGCCAAACUAUACAGGCCUGCGAAAACAAUAUGUACAGAGCUCCCAUCUACGAACACGCCAUUCCACAGACGGAUUUCUUAAUAAUAAGAACGCGUCAAGCUUACUAUAUCCGGGUUAUAGAUGCGCUCUUCGUAGCUGGACAGCAGUGCCCUCUGUACGAAGUGCCUGGUCCUAAUUCAAAACGUGCCAAUAACUUUGUCAGGGACUUUCUUCAAGUUUUCAUUUAUCGUCUGUUUUGGAAAAGUCGUGAUAAUCCCAGAAAGAUCAGGAUGGAUGAAAUUAAGAAAGCAUUUCCGUUUCAUUCAGAGAGCAGCAUAAGGAAGAGGCUUAAACUUUGCGCGGAUUUCAAGAGGACCGGAAUGGAUUCCAACUAUUGGGUUAUAAAACCCGAAUUCAGAUUACCAACAGAAGAAGAGAUUCGUGCCAUGGUAUCACCUGAACAGUGCUGUUCCUAUUUCAGUAUGGUCGCCGCUGAGCAGAGAUUGAAAGAUGCAGGUUAUGGAGAGAAAUCUCUCUUCACACCGGCCGAAGACGACGAUGAAGAGAUGCAACUGAAAAUGGAUGAUGAAGUGAAGGUCGCUCCUUGGAAUACGACCAGGGCGUACAUCCAGGCCAUGAAAGGCAAGUGUUUGCUUCAGUUGACGGGACCGGCUGAUCCGACAGGCUGCGGAGAGGGUUUCAGUUACGUCAGGGUCCCCAACAAACCAACACAAAGCAAAGAAGAACAAGAAUCUCAGCCCAAAAGAACAGUAACAGGAACUGAUGCCGAUUUGAGACGUUUGUCUCUGAACAAUGCCAAAGCUUUAUUGAGAAAGUUUGGAGUCCCGGAGGAGGAUAUCGAAAAACUGUCGCGUUGGGAGGUAAUAGAUGUGGUGAGAACCCUAUCGACGGAGAAGGCCAAAGCUGGCGAAGAAGGAAUGGACAAAUUUUCUCGGGGUAAUCGUUUUUCGAUCGCCGAGCACCAAGAGAGAUACAAGGAAGAGUGUCAACGCAUAUUCGACCUCCAGAACAAAGUGUUAGCCAGCGCCGAAGUACUGAGUACGGAUGAAGGUGAAAGUUCCGAUGAGGACAGCGAUGAAGACAUCGAGGAAAUGGGUAAAAACUUGGAAAACAUGUUAGCCAACAAGAAAACUAGUACGCAGCUUUCCCUCGAAAGAGAAGAGCAAGAAAGACAGGAACUCAGGAAGAUGAUCUUGGAGGGAGACGAGAAGAAUAAGGACAAGUCGCAAAAACGGAAAGAUGACGACGAUACUCAAGACCAAGGGAAUUACGGACAACAAGGACGCGUGUUGAAGAUAAUACGAACGUUCAGAGACUUGGACGGGAAGGAGUACACGAGGGUGGAAACGGUGAGGAAGCCCGGGGUCAUAGACGCAUACGUGAAGAUUCGCAGGACCAAAGACGAGGCCUUCAUCAGGCAAUUCGCAACGCUCGACGAGGCGCAGAAGGAGGAGAUGAAGAGAGAGAAGAGGAGGAUUCAGGAGCAGCUGAGAAGGAUUAAGAGGAAUCAGGAGAAAGAGAGGUUGGCCCUUGGUCAGCCCGUGUCGUUGUCUCAUUCCGAAAAAUCCCACACGAGCAGUAGUGGUAUGUUACGUCACGAUUUUAUUUCUGAAUAUCAACUACAAAAACUUUAUCUUACAGUUAUCACAAGUACGCCUUCUAUGCCGAGCACCUCGAGUGCUGGAAAGGCUCCAACCUCUACAUCUCCAUCAAAGUCUAGGAGAAAAACGCGGUUGAAACCGGAUUUGAAGCUUAAAUGCGGUGCUUGUGGAAAUGUUGGUCACAUGAGGACUAAUAAGGCCUGCCCGCUGUAUCAACAAACUGCUUCUGGAAAUUCUUCCAUGAACGUUACAAUGGCAGAUGAUCAGGAAGAAGAAAUCGAGAAGAUGAUGAACACCGACGACGAAGACUUGGUGAAUGUAGAUGGAACCAAAUUGAAAUUGUCUGGAAAGAUCGUUAGGCACGUCGAAGAGAUCAAGAGGAAGAGCAUGAUGCUCAAAAUGCCCAAAGACGGGAUGGGCUCGAGGAAGAGGAGAAGGGGGGGUAACGAUCUUCAUUGCGAUUAUUUAAAGAAACCCAACAAGUCGGCGAACAGACGAAGAACGGAUCCGGUGGUCGUGUUGUCCACCAUCUUGGAGAGCAUACUGAACGAGAUGAGAGACAUGCCAGACGUUCAGCCGUUUUUGUUCCCGGUCAAUGUUAAGGUCGUCCUAGAUUAUCCCACCAUAAUCCAACGUCCGAUGGACUUGCAAACUAUUAGGGAGAACUUGAGGCAAAAGAAAUAUCAGAGCCGGGAGGAAUUUCUGGCAGAUGUUAAUCAGAUUGUGGAGAAUUCUACACUCUACAAUGGUCCGACUAGCAGUCUUACGAUAACAGCUCAACGAAUGUUGAACAAGUGUCUAGAGCGAUUGACCGAAAAGGAAGAUCGGCUGAUGAGGCUGGAGAAGGCUAUAAAUCCCCUACUCGAUGACAACGAUCAAGUAGCUUUGACCUUCAUCCUUGACAACGUACUGACUACCAAGUUGAAAACAUUUGGAGACGCUUGGCCCUUCUUGAAACCAGUGAAUAAGAAGUGUGUUAAGGAUUAUUACACCAUUGUCAAGAAACCUAUGGAUCUGGAAACCAUCGGGAAGAAAGUUUCUGCUCAUAAGUAUCAUAGCAGAUAUGAAUUCCUGGACGAUGUACAGCAGAUUUUGGAAAAUUGUAUAUUGUAUAACGGUAAAGAAUCGACUUUCACCAGACAGGCGGAGGAUCUUGUAAAACUUUGCAGGCUUGCUCUGGAAGAGUUUAAUGAGCACCUCAGCCAAUUGGAAAGUAAAAUAUCUUUGGUGAAAGAGAAGGCAUAUCAAGAAGAUGAUCAAGCAUGGCUUGGUACUGAAGAGGAGAAUUUCACCAUCACCGAACCAGAUAGAAUGAGUCAAAUGAGUUCACCCGAGGGUGGAUCAUUUGCGAUCAAAUCUUCCAUGGAUGAGAUGGACUAUGUGGACGUUGAAGGCGAACAUCCGUCUGAUUUUGCAAGCCCAUCUUCUAAAGAAAGAGCAAGGAAGAAGGUCAAGAAAGAGUCUGCAACUCUGGAGGAAGAUUUGCAGUUUUCAAGCGAAGAGGAAUUGGACGAGGUGCCUCUCCACGAGUUUGAAGAUUCGAAAGGUGAUUUUCUCAUCCCGGCAGAACUACCAAUGGACGGUAAUGGUGCAGACGAUGACAGCCAGCAGGUGGCUGAGGCAAUGGUGCAAUUGGGCAGUAUGGCAUACUAUCAAAAUGAAGGUGAAGUCGGGGAUAACAUUAUGUACAAAGAAGAUGAAAGCAUGGAUCUUGAUCCUAACUACGAUCCAUCAGAUUUUCUGAUGUCCGGGUUGCAAAAAACUGCUACCCAGGUAACACCUCAAGAUCAGGAUCAUCUCAAGAUCCAGGACGAUUUGGCUGUGAGUGAUAGCGAUGAAGAAAUGCCCACACAGGACAAUUUGACAGAAGACGAUGGUGGUGAAUUAUGGUUCUAAAUAAUAAGAUACAAGAGAUACUUUGAUGUUAUAUAUUUUAAAUUGACUUUUUAAUAUAAUUAUGAAAAUUA